AGUGGAGCUAAGGCAAAGCAUGAGAAUCACUCCCCCACUAUCCGGUGUGCGAUAUGGUUCCAUUCCAGGAGAGGGGCUUGUUCAUGCCUGGUUUUAAAUCUCCUAUUGCCUUUGCUUUCUCUUUUCUGAUACAUUGGACCCUUCAUCCUACAUUGUCUUCAGCUGUAAUGCAUGGUAUAAAAAAGGGACCGCCAUACAAGGGAUAGAAACGCCUAAGACUCUAACUUUUCCAUUCAGAAGGCCUCUCAGACAUCAGAGAAAUCGAGUACACUUAAGGUUUGGUUGUGCAUUUGAGAGAGAGGGAUAGAGAAACUAAGGGACAAAGAGAGCCAUCCCAUAAUCAAAGUUGGAGAGCAACACUGCAAGGGAGAGAAAAAAAAGCAAGAGAAAAAUGUGUCUAUCGUGCAUCUUCGGGGAACAUCAUCACAAUUUAAUACGAAUUUGAAAACCACAGCACUGCAACCAAUCUGUCUUCUGAGAGAGGCGAGGCAGCAAGCAAAGGCCAGAGACUUCAACCACUAGUUCUCUGGAAGUCUGUUUAAACACGACUGAAAAGCCAUAUACAGUAUUGUUCUACAAUAUCACUGUGCUAUUACUUAUAUGAGAGGUCAAUAGUCUGAUGUUUUAUGAAUCAGAGUAAGUUUUCCUGAACUAUUCCAAUGGCCUGACCUUUGUUCAGUCCACAACUGCCGUGACCCUUUUCUUUGACAAUGAAAACACUAUCAUCUCUCUCCCGGCAUCACUUCUCCCUCUCCUGUUGAAACUGAUGCACAAACAAAUUGACAGACUGGGAAUGGAGGCAAGCCAAUCUGGUUGUUGAGGCCUUCAGUUCAGACGGAUGAUUAGAUUGGAUAUACCUAUCCUUUUCCUUCUGAUCAGAGAAGACCCAGAAAUAACCAUCAAGUACCUAGAGACUCUCUGUACCAUUACUCAACAUCCCGUUUACUCCGGAAACAUAAGCUACUUAACAAAAUGGCUGCUGGAGUUGCAACAUGGAUGCCCUUUGCUCGGGCAGCAGCCGUGGGCUGGCUACCACUGGCCCAACAGACCAUGCCCAAGCCUCCUGUGGACAAAACAAGUCGCAGUGAUGAGAUCCUGUUUGUUAAUGUGAGUGGACUACGCUUCCAGACAUGGAAGAACACGUUGGACCGUUAUCCGGACACCCUUCUAGGCAGCUCAGAAAAGGAGUUUUUCUACAAUGAGGAAACUCAGGAAUAUUUCUUUGACAGGGAUCCAGAGAUGUUUCGCCAUAUUCUCAACUUUUUUAGAACAGGCAAGCUACACUAUCCCCGACAUGAAUGCAUUCAGGCCUUUGAGGAGGAGCUGGCUUUCUAUGGCAUAAUACCUGAGAUCAUAGGUGACUGCUGUAUGGAAGAGUACCGGGAUCGUAAGAAGGAGAACCAGGAGCGUUUGGCUGAGGACACCGAGGCAGAGAAUGCCGGAGACGCUCCCCUGCCCCCAGACGCCACGUUACGUGAUAAGCUAUGGAGGGCCUUCGAGAACCCUCACACCUCUACCAUGGCCCUGGUGUUCUACUACGUCACCGGCUUCUUCAUCGCUGUGUCUGUUAUUGCCAACGUUGUGGAAACGGUUCCCUGCCGACCACUCAAAGGGAGUAUAAAGGACCUGCCGUGUGGUGAGAAGUUUUCUGUGGCCUUCUCUUGUUUGGACACGGCCUGUGUGCUUAUUUUCUCCUGCGAGUACCUCAUGAGGUUGUAUGCUGCCCCCAGCCGCUGUGAUUUUGCACGUUCGGUGAUGAGCGUGAUUGACGUGGUGGCCAUCUUGCCCUUCUACAUCGGCCUUAUCAUGCCCGAGAACGAAGAAGUCAGCGGGGCCUUUGUCACCCUGCGAGUCUUCCGGGUUUUCCGAAUCUUCAAGUUCUCCCGCCACUCUCAGGGCCUGCGCAUCCUAGGCUGCACUCUGCAGGCCUGCGCCUCGGAGCUGGGCUUCCUCCUCUUCUCCCUCACCAUGGCUGUCAUCAUCUUCGCCACCGUCAUGUUCUAUGCUGAGAAAGGCACCAAGGGAACCACGUUUUCCAGCAUCCCCGCCUCCUUCUGGUACACCAUUGUCACCAUGACAACACUAGGAUAUGGAGACAUGGUUCCAGACUCCAUAGCGGGCAAGAUAUUUGGCUCCAUUUGCUCCCUCAGUGGCGUGCUGGUGAUUGCUCUACCUGUGCCUGUCAUAGUCUCCAACUUCGCAAGGAUCUACCACCAGAACCAAAGGGCAGAUAAGAUGAGGGCACAGCAGAAAGUGCGUCAGGCAAGGAUUCGAAUGGCCAAGAAAGGGGCCACCAAUGCAUUCUUGCAGCACAAAGAGGAUGGGGGAUUGCAGGGUGGCGAUAGUGACAGCACAGCUUUUUGUGUGAAGAACAGGUCCGCCUUCGAGCAUCAACAUCAUCAUCUAUUGCAGUGCUUGGAGAAAACCACCAAUCACGAGUUCACCGAUGAAGUCACCUACAGCGAGGUGUGUAUGAUGGACUCAAUGGGCUUCCGCACCAGCCGCAGCACUUCCUUGUCCAGCCAGCAGGGGGCCACCACCACCUGCUGCUCCCGGCGGGCCAAGAGGAGGGCCAUUCGCCUUGCCAACUCCACCGUAUCUGUCAGCCGGGGAAGUGUGCAGGAGCUGGACACGCUGCACGUCACCAAGACACCUGUUGGUACUCAGUACCCACAGAGUCGCUCCAGUCUAAACGCCAGAACUGAAGACCUGAAGCUGAACUGUACUGACUACACAGCAGCCAUCAUCAGUAUCCCCACUCCCCCAGCCAACAGUCCUGAUGAGAGCCUACCUAACUCACCCGCCAUCCCUGGCAUCCUACGCAACUCUCGCUCCAGUAUCUAUAACACCCAGGAAACUGUCAAGAUCUCCUCUUUAUAACCCUCUGAAGCACAGGAGCUUGACCCAUUGCACAAAACAAGAGGAAUGGGGUCCGUCAGAGAAGAACAUGGGAAAGAAGGAUGAUAACGUCCACACUCUUUGCAAAUGCUUCACUCCGAUACCAACGUAAUGUCUACUGAAUAGUCAAGGUAGGGGCAGCGUGAGAAAAAUAAAGUAAAUUAAUUGUAACUAUCCAUUUGAUGUGCUGGAACAGUUACUGUGAGGUUGACCUUUUGGCCCAGGGAGAUACGGGGGGGUGGGGGGGGGGUUCGAAGCAGUACCACAGACACAAUCUGAGCUGACCAGGAACAGGUGACAAUGUCUCUUGGACUCAGAGAAGGGACACAGAUGGAUGGUGUGGUUACUAAGAGUGCUUUUCAACAAUUAUAUACCCACCGUGGCAUCGAAAGCCUUUAACUUUUCAAAGAUAUGCAACGUUAGAAGAAGCAGGAAAAACGAAUAUACAUAAUGUGUGUAAAGAAAUGGCAGGGAGAGAUUAUAAAGAUUAUGAAUAAUUGCACAAUUAUAUUGAUAUUUAAAUACAUCUUUACGGAUAGAAAUAUGAAUACUGUAUUCUGCAAUAGUUAUCUUUACACAAAUGAAUUUGAAAAUAAAAGGAGUGAUCGUUAGAUGGUACUACAUAUGUAACAUAUUUUCUAUCAUACGUCUCUAAAUCACAUGCAUCUUCUAGCUUAAUACAGCAAUGCAUGUUCCUGUUCAGUAGACGGUGGAGAAGAGAAGCUACUGAUAUUAGUCCUGUUCAGUAGACGGUGGAGAAGAGAAGCUACUGAUAUUAGUCCUGUUCAGUAGACGGUGGAGAAGAGAAGCUACUGAUAUUAGUCCUGUUCAGUAGACGGUGGAGAAGAGAAGCUACUGAUAUUAGUCCUGUUCAGUAGACGGUGGAGAAGAGAAGCUACUGAUAUUAGUCCUGUUCAGUAGACGGUGGAGAAGAGAAGCUACUGAUAUUAGUCCUGUUCAGUAGACGGUGGAGAAGAGAAGCUAUUGAUAUUAGUCCUGUUCAGUAGACGGCGGAGAAGAGAAGCUACUGAUAUUAGUCCUGUUCAGUAGACGGUGGAGAAGAGAAGCUACUGAUAUUAGUCCUGUUCAGUAGACGGUGGAGAAGAGAAGCUACUGAUAUUAGUCCUGUUCAGUAGACGGUGGAGAAGAGAAGCUACUGAUAUUAGUCCUGUUCAGUAGACGGUGGAGAAGAGAAGCUACUGAUAUUAGUCCUGUUCAGUAGACGGUGGAGAAGAGAAGCUACUGAUAUUAGUCCUGUUCAGUAGACGGUGGAGAAGAGAAGCUACUGAUAUUAGUGGUGUCAGAUACGACUAGCUCAUCUGGCGUUUUGCAUGGUAUCUUAUUUUCUUUCUCUCAGAACAGUUUGUUUGAUUUAUUUUUCCCUGACAACAACAUUGUAACGUAAUAAUGAUGUCUGCACCAAAAGUGUACAUUAGGUUAAAAAAAAUUAACAAAAUAAAAAACAUUCAGGCAUGUUCCUCGCCAGAAUGCAAAGUGGG